AGGAUACAGACCACCUGAGGCUCUUGUAGAAGGAUCCCUCAAUUGGGUGAUUGUUGGUGCGAUGGAUAGAAUCUCUCGUAUUAUCUCCUUCGAGCUUGCAGAUGAGGUGUUUGUAGAAAUUCCGCACCCACCUAGUCAACGACUUGUGUCAAAUCGCUACAGUCUUUCCGUGCUCAAUGGGUGUCUCUCGGCUGCUGGGUCAUUUGAAACUGGGCAUCUUGAUAUCUGGGUGAUGAAGCAAUACCAUGUUAAGGAAUCUUGGGUAAAACAAUUCUCCUAUGAUCCCUAUUUUCCUGAUGCAUGGCCAAGCUUCUUAGGAAGAGUUCCCGAAGUUAUAUGUGCACUGAAGAAUGGUGAGAUUCUGUUGCGUCAUGGUGAAAGUUCUCUGGUUUCUUAUGAUCCUGUGGAAAACAGAUUCAAGACUCUUGAAAUAAGUGGGUUACCCGAUUAUUUCCAGGCACUUCCUUUUCUACCUUCUCUUUUCUCAGCAAACUGAGCAAAGGCAACCAUGAAUUUGAAACUUUAACUUUCUCUCUUGAAUCAACCCUUUUUCUGUAGGCCUCUACUACUAGUUUUUAGUUUGUGUUGAAUCUUUGAUCAUCAAUACAUCAGUAACAGUUGUGUUAUUUACACCAUCAUGGGUGACUGCUGUGGUAUGGCAAUGAGAUCCACCUGACUAUUAUCUGCCUUUUUCUCGAAAAGUAGUUCUGAAGAACGGAAGAUUAGUGUCAUAAUGCUCCUCUUGGAAUGGUGAUUGAAGAUUUUGCUUUGAGCUAGGUGGGAUGAUUCAUAAGAGUUUUAUGCGUCCUGAAGAACGGGAAGAUUGUGUUGGAGUGUAACAAGAAAGCUCUGGUUUCUUAUGAUCCUAAAACUAACAGGUUCAAGGCUCUAAAGAUCAACCGGCUCCCAUACCAGUUCUAAGCUUUUGCUUUCCAGCAUACUCUGUUCUCAGUAAAGGAAACCUUUCAAAUGAAGGUUUAAUAUAGUCUUCACAACUCUUCUUUUGUGUAUGAACAUAUAAUGUUCUCUGCUUUAGUCACCUUCCAUUGUUUCUAUAGUGAUUAAUUAAUCAUGUUUUAUACU